GCUCUGCCGAGACGACGAUCUGCGUUUGUUCAGGAUCACACCAAAUCUUUCCACCUGCACCAUCCCAUGUCUCCCUCGUCCAAGCGCCAGGCCGACACGCACUCGGGCUCGUCCGGCCCAGCCAAGAAGGCCAAGGCGAUCAGCAUCCCUCCGCCCGAUCCGAUCACCCCCGAGGAGGCGCGGAGGAGCUUCUGCGAUGGUCUCUUCAACUCCCCGGCAGUCCAGAAGCUCGCCCAGAGCUACUCAUCCUCAAAGCCAUAUAGCCAUGGCGUUAUCGCAGGGCUCGUGAACGAGGAUCUCCUCAAACGAGUCCGCAAUGAGGUCCUGACGUCGCUGCGCUUCACCAAGAAGGAGACGGACAUUUACAAGGUCAACCAAACUGGCGAUCUUGCCAACCUGGACGGCCUUCCGCCGGACGAGAAGGCGCAAUUCAAGAGCCUCCUGCGUCUCCGAAACAGCCUCUAUUCGCAAGAGUUCCGUGACCUGAUCUCGAGCGUCAGCAGCUGUGGCAAGCUUAGCGGCACCAAGAUGGACAUGAGCAUCAACACCUAUUCCGAAGGCUGCCAUUUGAUCUGCCACGACGAUGUCAUCGGUACCCGCCGGGUGUCUUUCAUCCUGUAUCUCCCGGACCCAAACGACGACUGGCAAGCCGAGUACGGCGGCGCCUUGGAGCUCUAUCCGGUUGUCGAAAGGGGUGUUCCGGCCCAAGUCCCGACCGUGUCGCUCCUGCCCAAAUGGAACCAGUUUGCAUUUUUCACGGUUCUCCCAGGCCACUCGUUCCACACGGUGCAGGAGGUUGUUGGUGCGGGGAAGCGCCGCCUCAGUAUCCAGGGGUGGUUCCACAUUCCACAGGAAGGCGAGGAUGGGUACGACCCCGCCGGUCUCAAGGAGGAUGGCCCUUCGUCGCUGUCGCAGCUGGCCACCGCUGUGAACGACAUGGAGCCGUUCCGCAACUACGAGACAGAUCUCGAGGAUGGGGAUCUGGACGGGUUGGAGCAGCACGACUUGGAGUUCCUGGCCCGGUUCAUCAACCCACAGUAUCUGCACAUCCGCACGCUGCAGCAAGUUACCCGCCAUUUCUUGGACGAGUCCUCGAUUCAGCUCACAGAUUUCCUCAAGAGCGACCUGGCGGAGCAGAUUCAAAAGGCCAGUCUUCGGGCGGACGACGACGAUGGCAUGAGCAAGCAGGCCAUUCCACCCCACGGAGCUGGCGCGAAGGCAGGGUGGCUCGUUGCCGGGGCGGCCCACCGCAAUCGAUGGCUUGAGCUCGAUGUUGAAGCGCCUGCUGCACAGGACCAUGGCGAUUCACUGACCACAGCGCUUCGAUCACUCCGUGACGAGCUGUUCCCAUCGACAUCGUUCCGCAAGUGGCUCGCAGUCAUUACGCAACUUAAGCCCCGAACCUUCCGAGGCCGCGUGCGCCGAUUCCGGCCAGGCCUGGACUACUCGCUCGCGACAACUGAGACCCGCGGAUGCCCUCUGCUUGAUGCCACGCUGUGUCUCGCAGCGACCCGCAGCGCCGACGACAAGCAGAUGUGGAGCGAGGACGAAGUCGGUGGCUACGACUGCUACAUGCUUCCAGACGAAGAAGAAGACGCGGCGAUCUACCGAGCCACUGCCGAAGGCGGCGCACUGCUGACGGUGUCGGCGAGCUGGAACACACUCAGCCUCGUCAUGCGCGACGAGGGAGUGAUGCGGUUCAUCAAGUACGUCAGCGGUCUGGCUCCGGGUAGCAGAUGGGACGUUGCAUUCGAGUACGAGCUGCCGCCAUUCGAGGAAUACUCGGACGACGACGACGACGACGACGACGACGAAGACGAGGGAGACGAGGGAGACGAGGGAGACGAGGGAAGCAAUUAG